UCUCCAAAGAACCACAAGAAUCUCUCUCUCUCUCUCUCUCUCUCUCUGUCUAUGGGCAAUCUCACGUGCAACAUUCUGUAGCAUAGCAUCGAUCCAUUAAACCUAUUUAAUUUUGCUUUUGUAUCAUAUCAAGGAAGAAAGAACACACAAUUUAAUUGAAGCCCUCCACACUACUUUUUCUUGAUUAAAAAGGCUUCUUUGUUUGGGCAUCUCAAGCCAUUUAGCGUUUGUUCUUUCUCUGCAACCCCUCUCUCUCUCUCUCUGUGUUUCCUUUCCUCCAUUGAAAUGGCCUUAGAAGCUGUGGUGUACCCACAACAAGACCCAUUCAUCUACUGCCCCAACUACGCCGCCAACACCUUCCUCAGGCCGGAGUAUGGCGCUUACAACCCUUUUGGCCUUGUGUUGGAUCAGGAGGAGGCCGACCCCUGUGAUGACAAGGGCGCCAUUUACGGCAACAACAACAGCGGCGCCGGCAGCAACUGCUGGGAUGUCCACCCCAACACCUCAUCCCCCGACACAGUCGUUGGUGCGGCAGAUGCUGUGGUUGGCAGAUAUCAAGAGCAGCAGCCCGCAGCGGCUGGCAGCGGGAGGAGGAAGAGACGGCGCGUGAAGAGCACGAAGAACCGGGAGGAGAUAGAGAACCAGAGGAUGACCCACAUCGCCGUGGAGCGGAACCGCCGGAAGCAGAUGAAUGAGUACUUGGCGGUCCUUCGGUCGCUCAUGCCACCGUCUUACAGCCAAAGGGGCGACCAAGCAUCAAUCAUUGGAGGGGCAAUCAACUUCGUGAAGGAGCUGGAGCAGCUCCUACAAUCAAUGGAGGCCCAGAAGAUCACAAACGAUAGCCAUAACAACAACAACCUCAUUGCCCCUCAGCAGCCGUUCUCGGACUUCUUCAGCUUCCCACAGUAUUCUACCCGGGCAGCUGCAGGUGAAGCCGGUGCAACCACAGAUGUGGCGGCAGACAUAGAGGUGACGAUGGUAGAGAGCCACGCGAACCUCAAGAUCCAAUCCAGGAGGCGACCUAAACAGCUCCUCAGGCUCGUGGCUGGGCUGCAGGCCCUCCGACUCAGUGUUCUCCACCUCAAUGUCACGAGCUCGGAUGAAAUGGUCCUAUACUCGGUCAGCGUCAAGGUUGAGGAAGGAAGCCACUUAACUACUGUGGAUGAAAUCGCAGCUGCAGUGAACCAAAUGUUCCAGAGAAUUGAAGAGGAAGCUGCUUUCAGCUAAAAAGCUAGCUAUUUAUAUGGUUUAAAAACCUCCUCAUCUUUGAAUUAACUUUUUAUUUUUUUUGGGUUACAAGUAUUUUGCCUUUCCAAAUCUUAUUGUCUUCCUUUUUUUUCUCCCUCCUCCAAUAUUAAUGUGUAAAGCUAUCUUCCCCGUAAUUUAGAGUGACUUGCUCACUUCUUCACGCCAA